AAGCGGAGAUCCUCUCCUGGUCUGGCCUGUCCCGUCCUGUCCUGUCCUCCCCGGCCCUCUCGCCACUGUCUCCUUCGCCCAUCCGGCCCGAGGGUUCCGCCACCAUGUCCGCCUCGGCCGUUUUCAUCUUGGAUCUGAAGGGCAAGCCCUUGAUCAGCCGUAACUACAAGGGAGACGUGAGCAUGGGGGAGAUCGACCACUUCAUGCCACUGCUGGUGCAGAGGGAGGAGGAGGGGGUGCUCACCCCGCUGCUAACUCACGGCAAAGUGCACUUUCUCUGGAUCAAGUACAGCAACCUUUACCUGGUGGCGACCACACUAAAGAAUGCAAAUGCAUCUCUGGUCUACUCCUUCCUUUACAAGACUGUGGAGGUGUUCUCCGAGUACUUCAAGGAGCUGGAGGAAGAAAGUAUCCGAGACAACUUUGUCAUCGUGUAUGAGCUACUGGAUGAACUCAUGGACUUUGGCUUUCCCCAGACCACGGACAGCAAGAUCCUGCAGGAGUACAUCACCCAGCAGGGCAAUAAAUUGGACACGGGCAAAUCCCGGGUGCCCCCAACAGUCACCAAUGCUGUGUCCUGGCGCUCCGAGGGUAUCAAGUACAAGAAGAACGAAGUCUUCAUUGAUGUCAUUGAGUCUGUCAACCUGCUGGUGAAUGGCAACGGCAGCGUGCUGCUUAGUGAGAUCGUGGGCACCAUCAAGCUGAAGGUCUUUCUGUCGGGGAUGCCAGAGCUGCGACUUGGCCUCAAUGACCGCGUCCUGUUCGAGCUCACGGGACUUCCAGGCAAUAAGAACAAGUCCGUGGAGUUGGAGGAUGUAAAGUUUCACCAGUGUGUGCGACUCUCUCGCUUCGACAACGACCGCACCAUCUCCUUCAUACCGCCCGAUGGUGACUUUGAGCUCAUGUCCUAUCGGCUCAACACGCAGGUGAAGCCCUUGAUCUGGAUCGAGUCUGUCAUUGAGAAGUUUUCACACAGCCGUGUGGAGAUCAUGGUCAAGGCAAAGGGUCAGUUCAAGAAGCAGUCCGUGGCCAAUGGAGUAGAGAUUGCUGUCCCCGUGCCCAGUGAUGCCGAUUCUCCCCGCUUCAAAACCAGCGUGGGCAGCGCCAAGUACCUGCCUGAGAAGAACAUAGUGAUUUGGACCAUCAAAUCCUUCCCGGGCGGGAAGGAUUAUCUGAUGCGGGCUCACUUUGGCCUGCCCAGCGUGGAGAAGGAGGAGAUGGAAGGCCGGCCCCCCAUCUCGGUCAAGUUCGAGAUCCCAUACUUCACUGUCUCCGGCAUCCAGGUCCGGUACAUGAAGAUCAUUGAGAAGAGUGGCUACCAGGCUCUUCCUUGGGUCCGCUACAUCACCCAGAGUGGGGAUUAUCAGCUCCGAACCAAUUAGCCAACAGAGAUGGAGUGAGAGGGGGGCUGGUUGGGGGCAACCUGGUGUACGGAUCCCAGGCUGUGUGUGUGUGUGUGCGUGUGUGUGUGUGCGCGCGCAUGUGUGUGCGUGUUUGUGUAUCUCUCCUUUUGUCCAAACCACUAGGGCCUAAGGUAUGACUCAUUCUUUCUGAAGUCCCUUCCCCUCAACUCCUUUCCACGGGGAGGGGGGCUGGGGGAGGCUGGCUCUGUACUUUUCCAAUUCCCUCCGCAGUCGGCCUGCCCAGCCCCCACCCUCUCAACCCUUGGCGGUGUCAUUGAGUUUGCAAGCCCGCCUCAUCUCACAACCUCCAUCCCUGUUCCUGACUCUGUGCCUUCAAAUGAACCGGCAGCAGCCGAUGUGGCAUUCCACCCAUCCCUUCCUCCCCACAAAGACCCUUUGCCAGUUUCUUCUGUGAGCCCUGGUAGGGGGCAGAGAAGAUAGUAGUUCAGGAGCAGAUAUGACCUAGGUAGCGGGGGGUGGGAAGU